GAAAGAGAUUCUCGGUCUCAAUCGCGGUCUCUUUCAGAUCUAGUGAUUGGAACCUUUUCCACCUCGUUGCUCUUUCAUGCUGACGGUCAAGUCGCACUGAGUUGGUUUCCGAUCCAAUCGAAUGAAGGUUAUAGACUUGGGGAAAGGGAGGUCAAGAUGGAGAAGGCGAAGAAGCGUCUGGAGCUGAACUCGGACGAGUCAGAGACCGUGUCGCGAGUCGCCAUCCCAGCUCUCCAAAUCGGAAAGUCCAGCUUCUACGAAGCCUUCGCUCUGAGAGGUAUCCUAGUCGAGCGAGUCGAACCCGGUGUCGUCCUCUGUUCUUUCAAGGUCCCUCCCCGCCUUGUCGAUAGAGAUGGAAAAUUGGCAAAUGGUGCAAUUGCAAAUCUCGUUGAUAUAGUUGGUGCCUCCGUAGCUUAUAUUCCGGGUCUCCCUAUGAAUGUUUCUGUCGACAUAUCGGUCUCUUAUGUGUCGACUGCCAAGCUUCAUGACGAGCUAGAGAUAACUUCAAGGGUUUUGGGACGAACAGGCGGUUACUGUGGAACGAUGGUAACUUUCAGAAAUAAAUCAACGGGAGAGAUAAUAGCUGAAGGUCGACAUUCAUUGUUUCGUUCAAAUGCUGGUCUCGUUCCCAAACUCUAAGGAGUCCUUCCCACAUUCAGAACAUAUAAAGGGAACUCCCGAGGCCACAGGUUGGAUCCUAAUUGAACGUUGGUUUGUUUCUAUAGUGUACAAGACGGAAAUGAUUUCAUUUACGCGCUUAAGUACAUGUUUUAGCAUUUGUUCAGCCACGGAACAGAAUAUAUUGUUGAUAUGCCUUUGAUAUUGAACAAAACGUACAAACAUGUACGUGCAUUUUCGACAAUAUAAACGUUAUCUUGAUCUCUCU